GCAGACGCAGUUCCUGCGGUGAGGUUGACGUUUACUAUUGGCUUGGGCCUUCUCGCCCUCCUAAGUCUGCUGCCGUUCCUUCUGAGUACGGAGAUUGAGGCCCUCUAUAAGCGCCUUCUCCUCAUCGCCUGCGUCUUUUGCAGUCUCUUCUUCAACCUUGGAAUUCCCUGGUUGUUUUAUCGACUGCAGUCGGCCAAGUAUCACCCUAAUAUCAAACCAAAUGGCCUGAUUGACCAUGUUUGUGUCAAUGUAAAAUAG